AUGAGUCGCCGCGACAAAAAAGAAGACGAGGAUAGUGGUUUUCAGAAUUUGGACAAGACUACCCUUUUGCAAGAGGCAAGAUAUUUUAACUCAACACCAGUUAUUCCGAGAAAAUGUAUACAUAUCCUUACAAAAAUCCUAUAUUUGCUAAAUCAAGGGGAGAAACUAACUACUCAAGAAGCUACUGAUAUAUUUUUCGCAACCACUAAGUUGUUUCAAUCGAAAGAUGUGGUGUUACGCCGACUGGUAUACCUAACCAUAAAGGAGCUUAGUUCCAUGGCACAAGAUGUGAUUAUCGUGACAUCAUCUCUUACUAAAGAUAUGACUGGCAAAGAAGAUUUGUAUAGAGCUGCUGCCAUUCGCGCUUUAUGCACAAUUACUGACAGCACAAUGUUACAAGCAAUUGAGCGCUACAUGAAACAAGCCAUUGUAGACACAAACCCUGCAGUGAGCUCUGCUGCUCUGGUGUCGGCACUUCACUUAUCGGCUGCAGUACCUGACCUAGUACGUCGAUGGGUGAUGGAGGCACAGGGUGUCAUCACAUCAGAUAACGCAAUGGUGUCAUACCAUGCUUUAGCAGUAGUUGCAGGAGCUCGUCGCAAUGACCGUCUCUCCACAGUGAAACUUGUAACAAAACUAGCUCGGACACCACUCCGUUCACCUUAUGCACUUUGCCUCCUCAUUCGUUACGCCGCAAAAUUAGCGGAAGAGGACCAAACUGAUGCUUCAGAACCUUAUGUGGACUUUAUUGAAUCCUGCUUGCGUCACAAGUCUGAGAUUGUAGUUUAUGAAGCUGCACAUGCAAUUGUAAAUUUGAGAAAAUCUGCUCGUGAUCUUGCUCAAGCUGUUUCUGUUCUGCAAAUAUUUUGUGGUUCUUCUAAGGCAACAAUGCGCCUAGCUGGUGCGCGGACAUUAGCUAAACUAACAGCAAAACAUCCUAAUGCAGUAGCAGCCUGUGCAGUUGACUUGGAAAAUUUAAUUUCGGAUCCAAACCGCUCUGUUGCCACUCUAGCUGUUACUACUCUUCUAGCUACAGGAGCUGAGAGUUCUAUUGAUCGUCUAAUGAAACAGAUAUCUAGUUUCAUGUCAGAGAUUUCAGAUGAAUUCAAAAUCGUAGUAGUACGGGCAAUUAGGCGCUUAUGCUCCAAGUACCCACGUAAACAUCAAUCACUUGCAUCAUUUCUGGCUGGUAUGCUUCGUGAUGAGGGAGGAUUGCAAUAUAAAACUGCUAUUGCUGAUGCAAUUAUUGCUCUCGUGGAAGAAAAUCCCGAUGCAAAAGAGACAGGCUUGGCACAUCUAUGUGAAUUCAUUGAAGACUGUGAACAUGCGUCGUUAGCUGUGCGCAUAUUGCAUAUUUUGGGUCGUGAGGGACCAAAAGCUCGUCAGCCAUCCAGAUAUAUUCGAUACAUAUAUAAUAGAGUGAUUUUGGAGUCUGGUCCUGUGCGUGCUGCCGCUGUUUCUGCUGUUGCUCGUUUUGGAGCUGCUCGUCCAGAAUUGCUUCCUAAUAUAAGCGUACUUUUGGCUAGAUGUCAAUUAGAUGACGAUGAUGAAGUACGUGAUCGUGCGAUAUAUUAUAGCGCAAUUUUGGAUUCUGGUGAUGCUCAACUCAUCAAUGACUAUAUUAUUAACGUGCCGAUACCUAAUCCUGUGCUCCUGGAAAAAGCAUUACAGGAUUAUCUUAAUUCUGAUGGUGAUUUGUCCGAACCUUUUAAUUUGGCCACAGUCCCUACUAUGGCUGAGGAGACACAAGAGCCAAAAGAAGCCCCAGUUGAAAUCGAAUCACGAGCACCGAUCGUUUCUCGUGAAGAGCAAUAUGCUGAUCAAUUAAAAAUCAUUCCAGGCAUUGAAAAACUCGGACCAAUAUUCAAAACAUGUGAGUCUGUUGACUUAACUGAACCAGAAACCGAGUACCGUGUCCAAUGCGUAAAACACAUUUUCGCUCGUCAUUUGGUCUUACAAUUUGAAUGUUUGAAUACAUUGAGCGAUCAACUUCUUAAGAAAGUUCACAUACGGUUAGAAGCUGCCCCUGGUUACAAAAUGCUAAUUGAAGUUCCUUGCGAGCAAUUGCCUUAUGACAAACAAGGCAGUGUAUUUUGUGUUCUUGAAUUUCCUGAAAAUCCAAUUGAAACUUUGGGAACCUUUGGCGCAACAUUGGAAUUUGUGGUUCAUGAUUGCGAUCCGACAACUGGUUUACCUGAUUCAGGAGAAGGAUAUGCCGAUACUUACCCAUUAGAAGAAAUAGAAGUGAGUUGCGCUGAACAAUUCAGGACACGCGCAGCUUCUGACGACUGGGAAGCAACUUGGGACAGGGCUGUUUCUGCAGAAGAAGCUUGUGACACUUUCGGUCUAUCUCAGUCCGACGUAGGGGAAGCUGCUAAGGCCGUAUGUGAACACUUAGGGCUACCGAAGGGUGCCAUCUCAGGAGAUGCAGUGAAAGAAAUCCGCGGUGGUGGUGUUUGGCGCGGUGGAACGCCGGUACUCGUCAGAGCUCGGCUGGUCAUGACUGGAGGCGCGGUAACUAUGCAAUUAACAGCCCGCUCGCCUCGCGAAGAUAUUGCUACUUUAUUGUUGGCUGCCGUCGGUUAG